CCCCCAUCACCCUGUACUCCACAUCGCCUACCUCAUACUCCACUGCACGUACCUAACUUGCAUUCGUACUUUCACUAGGCUCCAAAUUCCAGCUAACAACGAUUGCGGAAAUGACUGGGGGACACAGAUGCCCCGUUUGCGAAGCGACAUUCACCAGGCCACAACAUGUAGCGCGUCAUAUGCGUUCGCACACUGGCGACCGACCGUACGAAUGCACCGACUGUUUCGAGCAGUAUACACGGAGCGACCUCCUUGCACGACACACCAAGCGAUGUCACAUUUCCCCGACGGAGAAGAUCCUUGCGAAAAUCAAAGGGCGGCGGAAAGCCUCGGCUACGCGUGCUCUGACCAGCAAGCAAGCAUGCGACGAAUGCGUGCAGAAUAAACUCUCUUGCGACGGAAGUAUCCCCUGUCCCACAUGCGUACAACGAAGUGUUCCUUGUACAUUCAUCAAGUUUUACCGACAGACGGCGCCUUCGGGCCCAGGUCACAACCCCCAUCUUCCGAGGCAUAUACCAUCUAAUGCGCCGCGAUCUUAUUUUCCCCAACCCGUAGCUAUACCUUUCCCAAGUCAGCAGAAUUUUUCGUUCCAACCUGCUCCACAACCGUAUCUAACCAACCUCGCCGACCACCAGUCCAACUACCGCGAUCUCAUGCACAACCAGACGCAGCAGCAGCCCAGCCCCGUACUUUACGACCGGACGUCGUCAUGGAUGAAGCGUGAUGAGCCUGAGCCUACGUACAAUGGCGUCAAUGGCGGAGGCGCCGGUGUCGCGAGGGCACGUUCUGUCGAACAUCAUCACAACCACUACUCCCACUCCAACCAAGUCUAUGCCGGCAUGAGGGGUUGGGGGAGAAGAGAUUCGCUAGAGAGCGGAGGCAGUAGCGCCGCAAGUGGGAGUAGCGGCGCCAGUAGCAGCGUUCACUUACCCUUGUACGAGAACGUCGAUCCUUCACCGGCGGCAGAUCCACGCCUGGAAGCAUUCGGAAUGAUGACCUUCGAGGAGCGCAAUGCCCUCUACGAUGGCGCCGCUCCGUUCUUUGGUGACAUUUUCCCAUCGUCAUCGGCGCAGCAGUCGACGACGUCCGCGAACAGCCACGCGUCGGUACCCGGCAUGAUGCAGAUUCCGACUCCACGCGAAGCCGAGACCAGGGAACUUCGUGAGUUUCUGAAGGAGUACAUGAGCAGCACGCCCUUGAGUCACCCGGCUAACCACCACACCCAUUCGACGUCUCCUCCUGCGUAUCCGGCGGUGGGCCCGCCGAACGGGAGGAAACGUGUGUCGAGCAUGCCGAGCGUGAACACGCCUACGGGGAGUAUCGUUGGCGGUGGAGGAGGAGAGGGGAAGGGCAGCUUCGAGGAUGCGGUUAUGGCGCGGAAGACGCUGGGGGAUCUCAGCAUGGGAGGGAUCCAAGGCAUCAAGGGUCGGCGGAUGACGCACGUCAAUCCCCCGUCGUCGUCGUCGUCGUCGUCGUCGCCAUAUCUGCACGGCCACCCGUCGUUAAACCAUAGGCCCGCGUAUGGUGUCUCGCUCGCUGGGGCGAUGGGCGACGAGGAAAUUCCGAACUGGAAGCGGCCUCCUGCUCAGGAUGCGGAUCUGCACGGGAGGUCAAAGCGGCUGAAAGGCGAUGAUGAGGCUGACGAUUCGAAUGUUGAUAGGAUGGGGUGUGAAUGAAUGAUCUGGAGGGCGUGGGUGUAUGCAUAUGGAUAUAUGUUUGGACACGUCGGCGGCUACAUAUUCCCCCUCAUUUUAUAUGCUAGAAUACCAGUUAGUUUGUCGAAAUAUUUAGAUAUUUAUUUAUUUAUUCG